UGUGCGCGCAAGGUAAUGUGAUGUGAGGACGUUGUGUCUCCGACUGUCAUACAGCGGUGAAAAGCUCGGGGCGUGUGUGAGCAAUGCGCAGCAGCAGCCACGGCCAAUCUUAUAGUUAGUCAACGACCAUGACGUGCCGGGGCUCCUCGACGCGGGCAGGAUGUUUGCCAAUACCGACAACAACCGCCAAUGUUCAAGAGACAAAAUAAUUAUGCUGUGGCGCUUCCUGUAGCCAUAUCUUGGAUAUAAACACCGACCCACGUGGAACAAGUGGACUGAGGCAACAAAAGGCACAUUCUGCAGAGAAGCAGCGAUGGAGGAGCAGGAGAAACUCAACAGCACUGGUAGCAGUGAGGGAGAGAGCGUAUCUCCGUCUGGCAGCAUGCCCUCGCCGCCCAUACUUCCUCUACAGGUCGCCCAACAGGCCCACAGAACAACUAACUUUUUCAUUGAUAAUAUUUUGCGACCGGAUUUCGGCUGCAAGAAGGAGCACGGCCUUUGCCCCCGGGAGAGGGCGCAGACAUCCGGCCGGGAGCGCGUCCACCCGGUGAUCAGCAGGCCGAGCCUCCCCGGGACGCCGUGCCAGGACUCCAACUGCAGCAGUGACAGCUCCUCGUCCUCCGCCUCCUCGGCAGCUUCGUUGCCGAGUCCCAACAAGAACAAAGAAAGCGGCGGAGGAGCCACUGCAGCCGACGUCUCCACCGGCAGCGGCGGCGACGUAAAAGACGGAGAGAGGACUGUUGGCGGGACAGUGGAGGACAGUUCUCCUUCUUCGCUGGUGGUACUGAAAGACGCCGGGGCGUCCACACCGGAGGCCCAGCCGCUGCUCUGGCCUGCCUGGGUCUACUGCACCCGGUACUCGGAUAGGCCCUCAUCUGCAGGCCCAAGGACACGGAAACUGAAAAAGUCGAAAAGCAGUAAAGAGGACAAGCGGCCCCGCACAGCCUUCACCGCCGAGCAGCUGCAGAGACUAAAGACGGAGUUCCAGGUGAACCGCUACAUCACCGAGCAGAGGCGGCAGUCCCUGGCCCACGAGCUCAACCUCAACGAGUCCCAGAUCAAAAUCUGGUUUCAGAACAAGCGGGCCAAGAUCAAGAAAGCCAGCGGCUUCAAGAACGGGCUGGCGCUGCAGCUGAUGGCGCAGGGACUGUACAACCACUCCACCACCACCAUCCAGGAAGACAAGGAGGACAGCGACUGAAUUCUUUACGCUCGCCCCUCGUAGUUACGAGACUGCGCGCUUUUCACUUCUCUCCUCCGUCCGCUGUACAUUGUAAAUAUAAAUCUAAUUUAAGAGGAGGAGGAGGAGGAAAGGGGAGAGGGAGCUGAUCAGCAGCAGCUGCAGCAGGCUGCACACUCCUGGACUGACUUGUCACCGCAAAACCAAAGAUUUUACUGAAAAUAGAUCCUGGACAGUUUCAGAGACAAUAAAGGAAAAAUAAAGGUACCGCGCACAGCGGCCCUCCACCAGACACGACGCACGACACCGCGCGAACCGUCCUCAAAGAGCCGUAAUAAUCCCAUCAAAGCCAAUUUUGCAGGAGACGCCACAGACAGUUGAAGUGCCAAAACUGCAUAGAAAUACUAAUAAUGUCACGACUUUAGUUUCCAAUGUGUGUUUGUGUUUUUUUAAAAGUAGAGAUUUGAUCAAUUAAAAUUGAGUUUGCGUAUA